CGUAAAUAGCGCCUCCCAGUGAAUAAAAGGAAUACUUCCUGAAAGGUUAUGCAAGUAGGCGGAAACGUCUAAAAUAAAACGCAUUGAAAAUAUCUCAUGGUGUAAGUACAGUACGAGCCAAAGAUGAAGAUUGCAGUUCUUGGAGCUACAGGACAGACCGGACAACAGCUGGUAACCCAGGCUCUCCAGCAGGGACACAAUGUCACUGCUAUAGUGAGGAAUCCUUCCAAACUGACCAUAAACCAUGAGAACCUUAAGGUGGUGGAGGGAAAUAUUUUCUCUGAGGAAAGUCUGAAGCCGCACUUCACAGGACAGGAUGUUGUUAUGUCAUGUCUUGGGUUUCAACCAUCUUUUUUCAACGGAGUCGAUGGCUACACACAGUCAAUGACAGCAAUCCUUAAUGCAAUGCAAGAGGUCAAAGUGAACCAAAUAAUUACCAUGACAUCAUGGUACACGGAGCCUAAUUCAGGAAAUAAAGCUUCAUAUUUUGUUCGCUAUUUGCUGUUGCCAAUCAUUCGAAGUGUCCUAAGCAACAUGUAUGAGAUGGAGAAGCUUUUGGAGAAGACUGAGGACAUAAACUGGACUGUGGUCAGGCCACCAGGGCUGCAGAAUACUCCAGUAACAGACAAGGAAUUCCUUACACAUGAAGGUUACUAUGUGCCUGAUGAGAACGACUGCCCUGUAGGCCAGACUGUGUCAAGAUCAGAUGUGGCUCGAUUCAUGCUGACUGUGCUCAGCAACAACACCUGGAUAAAGAAAGCAGUUGCUUUUAUCACCAAGUGAAUUCAAUUCAACUUUAAUUCAAAUUUCAACACUUACAACGGCACAUUUUAAGGAGAUUCCUUUUUUAUUCUAUGAAAAUGCACUACCAACCACAGUCUUUUUUUUAAUAUAUCAGCAAGAUACUUUCUGUAUACACAUGGCACCUUGCAGUUUUCUUGAAUUAAGUUUCUGCUUCGGUUUUCAUUUAAAAACUUGAUAAAAAUCUCUUUAUACCAGG